CCUGUUCUUCAGGGCUGGAGAGAGGCAGCGACUCCAUCAGAGCAAACUCAGUGUGAUGGAGCAAGGGGAACAACAUUGAACGCUGAACAGUAGUAAAUUAUUGUGGAUAACAUAAAAAAGCUUCUGGAAAGAGCCAAGAGGCCGCUGAGGACCAGAUUUGACGUAUUUGCCUGAACUGGUGUGAAUUUCUUCUGACAAUGAUUCUCAUAAGUUUGCCAUUUGUUUUGUCCUUGCUGACUAUGCGAGUGAUUUCUUCAACUCAAUCGUAUUUUCAGACUGAGGAAGAAAUGAAUGAAACUGUCGUUUGCACUAAUGACCACAUGGAAGUGAUCAUUCCAAAGGAUUUUUUUGUCAGCAAAGUUCCACCAGUCUAUAUCUGGGAUUUGCACCUUAAUGACCCUGAAUGCCGUGGAACUGAAACAGAGGAUGACUAUGUCUUCAUAAUUAAAACAAAUCUCUCUGACUGUGGGACGAUCAUGGCUUCAGAUGAUACCCAUAUCAUGUUUAUAAACACCAUACAAAAUAAUGAAACUGAUAUUAUCACAAGAAGCUACAUCAACAUUACUUUUGUCUGCCGCUAUCCCAUCAACUAUAUGGUGCAGCAUCCCAAUGGUGAAAAUAUGAUAAGUGUCGACAUCAGGACAAUUACACUCAAUACUGAAGAUGGCAACUUCUCUGUGUCCAUGAUGUUAUAUAAGGACAAAUAUUUUGAGAAUAAAUGGACAACAGUUCCCUUUCUUACUCUGGAAGACAACAUAUAUGUUAAAGUCUUUAUGCUACCUGCUCAUCUGAUACUGCGUCUAGAGAGGUGCUGGGCUACCCCGACAAGUGACCCAUACAGCAGCAUCCAGUAUAUGUUCAUCUGGGAAAGUUGUCCAGAAGUAACUAAUGAACAAACAUUAGUAGUGCUGAAGAAUGGCCAGGGUCCAGAGGCAAUGUUUCGGAUACAAAUGUUCAAGUUUGUGGGCAACUCAUACAAAGACGUAUUUCUGCACUGUAAUGUUCAAAUCUGUCACAACACUGCAGGAGUCUGCCAGCCUAACUGUUCAGGACAGGAAGGUGUAAUGCGGACAAGAAGAGAUAUCACACCAUCUCACACUGUGUCGUACGGACCCAUAAAACGGCUACUAUCCAACACUGACGAACCAGGCCUAAGCACCGGACACUUGCCACCAGUGGAAAGCUUAGUGCUCGGAGGACUGCUUUUGGUUGUAUUGCUGAUCACAGGUGUGUUUGGCAAGCUGUGGCUACAAUCGAGAAGAGCUUAUCCCACAAUGCAGGCUCAGCUCACCUUGUCCAACAUUCACCACCACUCUGAGGUUGCCUUUUAACUUGCCUGUCUGUUGACUGAGUUUUGUAUCACAUUUACUGAACAGUAGCUGGAUUUUUCAUUGCAUACAAUGCAUUUUUAAUGUAGUUUAUUUGUAUUACAACAUAUUGUGUGUUGAUUUUUAUCUCAAUCAUCUUUGAUACCAAGUGACCAAAAAAUGUGGGUGUAAUAAACUAGUAUACUGUAGAUAGCAAAUUAUUUUCACCUUCACAUGUGAGAUAAAUACAAUAUUAAGCAUAAAAGACAAUAAAUGCUUAUUACAAAGUAUUAUUAUUACAUUUGUAAUAUAACCUCAUUGGAAAUGUGACCUGCAC